AUAUAGGUUAGAAAAUUUUCUCCGAGGAAAAAUUACAUCUAAGAAAUAGGAAUAAUUAUUAAUUUCUGUUCCGAAUUAUUCGAAAUCUGAAUUCCUAAUAUUUUGGACCACGACGUGCAACCCCCGAUUUCAGACACUUCACUGAAGAUGUGAAUAUAUUUCUGAUCUGAAAAUUACGAUUUUGAAUUCCCAAAAUUGUCUUACCCAUCAUCGAGUACGAAUUUUUUGACGAGUAGCUAUGGGAAAUACGGUUUCUGGAGCUCAAAAACUUGUGGUGCAGGCGUUCAUUCCACAGAACGAAACUAACAACAAUGAAGCGCCUAAAAAUCCACACGGCCUAACCAACACAGCUGGCAUGAGCCCACCACCGGAAUGUCCAAUGCACGUCAAAACAGACGAUAAGAAAGCCACUGGAUGUGCUGUGGCAGGAAACCCAGAUGACAUUAAUCCGCUAAAUAUGAUGCCACCUCCAAAUCAAAAACCAGCACCGGAUCAACCAUUUCUAUUACCAACAGAACGAGAAGUAUCUACUAUACCUAAGUCAGAAGGAGAGGGUGACUUUUGGGUUUAUCCGUCAGCUCAAAUGUUUUGGAAUGCAAUGUUACGAAAAGGGUGGCGUUGGAAAGACGAUGAUUUAUCACCAAAAGAUAUGGAUGUUAUAAUUAAAAUACACAACAUCAACAAUGAGCUUGCUUGGCGAGAGGUACUUAAAUGGGAAGCUUUCCACGCAAGUGAAUGUAUGAAUCCAAAGUUGAAAAGCUUUGGGGGUAAAGCUAAACAUUUUUCUCCAAGAGCAAAAAUACGAAAUUGGAUGGGAUAUGAACUACCUUUUGAUAGACAUGAUUGGAUAGUAGACCGUUGUGGUAAAGAAGUACGAUAUGUUAUUGAUUAUUACAGUACAGAUAAUUCACCAAAUAAAUAUCAAGUGGCUGUUUUGGAUGUAAGGCCAGCCUUAGAUUCAUUUGGUGCGUUGUGGGAUCGUUCAAAAGCAGCUUAUUGGAGAUGGCGAUAUGAAGCUGAAAUGGAAAGAAAUAUUGCAAAUAAAAUGGAAGAAUUAAGAAGCGAUGAUAAAGUGUGAAUAUAAAUUAUUCAUUUUUUUUUUUAUUGUAUAGUGUAUAGUAGGUUUCCUUGAUUAAAAGUUAACUAUUUCAAUCCUUAAAAGAUACCAAGAUAAAAACUAAACUAGUAAGUAUAGUAUUUUUUAGCACUACAAAUACAUUAUAUUUAGGUAUUUUGUUAUUAUAUUAUUUUUUCAAUUCAAUGAUUUUAUUGAUUAAAUAUUUUUAAUGAAAUGUAUACAUACGCAGAGUUAACUUUGUUUUAUGUAAUAGUCAAUAAACUAUAAAACUUAGUUUUAAAUUGCAGCAAUUGUAUUGUUUUAAUAUGUAUAAUUUUAUUUUAUAUCAAUGAGUUAAAAAAAUAUUAUAUUAAAAUAGUUAACAUUUAUAUUCUAUAAAUUCAUCUUCUCACAAUACACUACUUUUCAGUUGACAUUUUUUUUUUUUUAAUAUUUAAUAAAAUAAAAUAGUUGGAAUAGGAACA